CUGCAUUAUUUCUAUUUGGAAAAGUAUCAAGCAUUAAAAGACACCUUUUACACUAAAUGGAACCUGUGAAUUGAGAAUUUUCGGCGGUUCCAUUCCAAUCCUUACAGACCCAAAAAUGUUUAUAGCCAAAGUGACAUCACUUUUGACGUAGUUCAAAAAUAUCUUUUUCAACUCCAUUUCACAUUACAAUAAACAAGUAGAUUUAAAACACGCUCGAACACUUUUAAUUCUGAUGCUAAAACUUUCGGAACGAAUACGAGAGGACGAUGAACAAUCAAUAGCAGUUAUAACAUGAAUGAUAUGGUCGAUCAUGCGAAACGAACUUGUAUCGACAGGCGUGAAUACACAUACACACAUACAUACAUACACACCCAUGUACACACAUACAUGCGCAUACAGACGCGUGCACAUACACACACAUAUGUAGACAUACACAUACACACAUGUACAAGCAGACUUACUCAUGCAUAGAUCACCGUUAUCAUGAUCAACUGCGCCAAAACAUUAUUCAAGAUAACCUGUGUAAAGCAAAACCCACGGCAGUCGUUGGUAAGUGAUCCCAAAAAGUCCCACUGGAAAUGAAUACCAGAGAAGGUAUAUUGAAAAAGCCCGGGAGAAUUUUAUGAAAAGAACUCCAGGAAAAUUCGGCAAGAAAUGGUUUCAAACUUCUUUUUUUU